GUUGUUUCACAGCUCUGUGCCUAGAACUUCUUAAGAGAGACAGUUUGGUUGUUCUGUACAUAGGGUCAGGUAUAUUUGGUCUGUUCCUAAGUAGUAUCUAUCCAUCUUCUGUAGCCCUUGCUGAGCAGCACAUCAGAAUGUCAGGAUUGGUAACAAGUUGCAUCGUGAUAGGAGCUGCUACAGGAGAGAUGACAUUCCCUGUAAUAGUUGGUAGGUUGAUCUUCCCAAUACAACCUAUGUUCUUCCUGGCCUUCUGUGCUGGAGCUUGCUGUCUUGGUAUCCUGGUCUUUGGUCUCCUCCAAACCAUAUCCUAUUGUUCGGCAGAGAAAGCUAAACCAAUCCCAUUAGCUGAAGGAGCAUAUAUGUGGUGUCGUAGCUGCUGCCUAGCAUCUCGAGAAAGCCUCCUGUUUGGGGAAUCCAAGUACUACACGACUCUGACGGACACCAAUUCAGCCUACAAAGUUAUUACUACCAAGGAACAGUUUCAGAUGAAACCGUCCGCCAAACCCUCAGAAUUAGAACCAGAGUUGGAUGACAGUGAUAAAACGCAUGGGGAUGUGCCUAGGUAAUGAGAAUUGUGCUUGUGCAAGAUGUCUUGUGCAUGAUUUGUUUUAUUUUUGUUUUGUCAAUGGCAAAUCAUGUACAAGAACAAAAAUAAAACUGUAAAUAUUUAUCUGUUUAUGUUACAUGGCACAGGAUCACAAAAAUACUGGCAGAAAAUUGAGAAAUAUUGAGUGAAGGCCAUGUUUGUCUCUGUACAGUUCAUCUGUCAACCUACCUGAGGAUGUAAUACAAAAAUACAAAAUGAAUAUUUACAUUAGAUUGUAUCUGUUGUACUGUAUUUGUUGUAUCUGGUUUACAUUUAACAUUAGUUUUACAAUUUAUUGUAUCUUUAAUGUUUCAGGGGCUCAUUUCAUAAAUGUAACUGUCAUUAUGGUAAAUACCAUGGAAAUGGGGCUUGUCAGGUAAUCCAUAUCAAAGUAUCUAUCUAAACAUUAUUUAACAAAGUUACCAUAAUCAUUAGUCCUUAAUGAUAAAGAUCAGGAUUUGUCCUAUAUAUUAACCCUAUGAAUAGUAUAGUGUUUGUUAAAAGGGUUAAGUUGAUCUGGAGUGCAUUAACUGUAUUUAAUUAUUACCCAUCUGGUUUUGAAAAAUGCAAAUAAAAUGUGCAUCAUGUUAUUUUCGGCCCCGCCCUCCGAUUAGUCCACAGGAUAAGGAACAAUUAACCCUGGAUCUAGAUCUGUAGGGUGAAGAUCAAGGGUCACUUUCUUCAUCAUUGUGAUCAACAAUUCUGUGCCUCCCUAAUCAAAGAUGUUUUGGGGACAUGAUAUAGAUAUCUCUGUAAAUAGCCAUAGUGAAUUCAUUGCUAAACAAGAGAUCAGGGUCAAAAUAUCUUGAUCGCGAGCUUGAUCUUGCCAAUCACAUUUGGAGUGGGUCUAUAGCAUUAAAUGGAAUAUUGUACUAGUUUGCAUGAAGGGGUAAAAUCUAUGUUAGUAAAGAAAUUCAGUUAGGAGGGCUUUUGAUUGCCAUAUUUUGCAAUGGAUCUAUUUUUUUUUGGCGCCUUUGGAAAAAUGAAUCCCAAAGUUUUGUUUCAUUUUUAAUCAAAUUUUCUUGUUUGAAAUCCAGAGCUACAGGAAAGCAACAACCUAAUUUUCAUUAAUAGUGGAUGCAACCUCUUUUUGCAAGUGAUUUCUGUAUUAAAUGUGUUCAUCUCUCUGUGGGAAGUUGUCUUAUGCCCUUCCCUUGACAAGAAAUUCCUGCACACAGACUGAAAAUGGUGCAGAAAUCUUCAAGAAUAGAAAAAAAAGUGUCUUUGAUUUCUCCAUGUUUAGAGCCAACCUUGCUUUAGUGUAUUGUUGAAUAGCAUUUAUAUAUAUGUAGAUAAUGUGAUUUGUUUUAUGUUUACCUGGGGAAAGGUCCUGAUAUUUUGAUGAUGGUAUUGUACUAAUAAUUCUAAUGAAUCGAUUUUUAGUAGGGCAAAUGCGAAGAAGAGUUAUUUUAAUUACCCUAAUGGGCAUGAGACAUAGCCCAUCUUGUAGCCAAGUAAUGAAUUACUAUUAGGGCCCUGUGCCAUAAACCUUAGCGAUUAAUCAUGGGGCUGAUUGGUACAACUGAUUCCAUUCAUUAUUUAAAAAAUGAUCAAUUGUAAGAAUCCCACCUGUGAUCAAUUCUUAAGGUUUAUAUUAUGGGCCCUGAAUAGCAUUUAAAAUGAUCUAGAUCUGUAGGGUGAAGAUCAAGGGUCACUUUCUUCAUCAUUGUGAUCAACAAUUCUGUGCCUCCCUAAUCAAAGAUGUUUUGAGGACAUGAUAUAGAUAUCUCUGUAAAUAGCCAUAGUGAAUUCAUUGCUAAACAAGAGAUCAGGGUCAAAAUAUCUUGAUCGCGAGCUUGAUCUUGCCAAUCACAUUUGGAGUGGGUCUAUAGCAUUAAAUGGAAUAUUGUACUAGUUUGCAUGAAGGGGUAAAAUCUAUGUUAGUAAAGAAAUUCAGUUAGGAGGGCUUUUGAUUGCCAUAUUUUGCAAUGGAUCUAUUUUUUUUUGGCGCCUUUGGAAAAAUGAAUCCCAAAGUUUUGUUUCAUUUUUAAUCAAAUUUUCUUGUUUGAAAUCCAGAGCUACAGGAAAGCAACAACCUAAUUUUCAUUAAUAGUGGAUGCAACCUCUUUUUGCAAGUGAUUUCUGUAUUAAAUGUGUUCAUCUCUCUGUGGGAAGUUGUCUUAUGCCCUUCCCUUGACAAGAAAUUCCUGCACACAGACUGAAAAUGGUGCAGAAAUCUUCAAGAAUAGAAAAAAAAGUGUCUUUGAUUUCUCCAUGUUUAGAGCCAACCUUGCUUUAGUGUAUUGUUGAAUAGCAUUUAUAUAUAUGUAGAUAAUGUGAUUUGUUUUAUGUUUACCUGGGGAAAGGUCCUGAUAUUUUGAUGAUGGUAUUGUACUAAUAAUUCUAAUGAAUCGAUUUUUAGUAGGGCAAAUGCGAAGAAGAGUUAUUUUAAUUACCCUAAUGGGCAUGAGACAUAGCCCAUCUUGUAGCCAAGUAAUGAAUUACUAUUAGGGCCCUGUGCCAUAAACCUUAGCGAUUAAUCAUGGGGCUGAUUGGUACAACUGAUUCCAUUCAUUAUUUAAAAAAUGAUCAAUUGUAAGAAUCCCACCUGUGAUCAAUUCUUAAGGUUUAUAUUAUGGGCCCUGAAUAGCAUUUAAAAUGCGAUAGUCAUUAUCCUCCCACCCCCCCCCCCCUUGCUGAAGAAUUGGUUUGAUACAUUCCUCAGAAUAUUUUUCUUUCUAAAUACCAGUGAAUUUGUGAUAUUCAUAAUUGACUUUUAUUUAAAAGAGUUGUUUAUCUUUGUUCUGCAUAAUGUCACAUUGAUCUGUAGAUUUGCUUGUAUCAGCUAAGAGUACGAAAAAUGAAGCUAAGAAUUAUUUUAUUUUUAUACAUGUAUCUCAUAUUUUGUUAAUAUUUAAUCUUAUUUUGUCUGAUGAUGUUGUCUAUGAAGUACUGUGGAAAUGCUUUCAGAAAUCUAGAAAACAAAGUGGUAAAGAUGUGGAAGAUAUGACAAUAAAGUUACUUGAAAUAUAUAAAUUUGUUAAGCAAAUUGCAAGCUGUAUAGUAUUGACUCUCUCAUUAUGUGCAAAGAAGCGAUUGAUUUUACUACAGUGUAUGAAGUAAUCAUGUAAUGAUUUCCAGAUACCUCGGAAAAUAGCCUUUUCGAUAUUUUGAUAUCCAAUUGAUGAGUUAUUGAGUAUUGAUUAAUAACGGACAGUAUAAGGAAGUUUUAAAAAUGAAUAAGUAAAAAGGUUGAAAAGGGUACUUUGAUAUUCAUAUUUUUCUUUAACGAUUCACCGGUAAUAUACUUAUUGCUUGUAGUACCUCAGUAAUAAAAUGGGGUGAAAUGAUCUUGAAUCGGCUUCAAUGGACCUGUUCAUUUUAAAUACUGAAAGGAAUCUCUAUAUUUAGUUCAAAUAUUUUUAAAGAUUUGUUCACCCUGACUGAGUUAUACUGGUAGUGUGUAUAAAUAAGGCUGAAAAAAAGACAACACAAUUUCAUAAAAUAAGUAGGGUGUAAUCAUCAUUUUUAUUGCCAUUUUUUGUUCAAUAUGUUAUAUAUUUCAUUAAUCUUGAAAUUAUGAAAUGUUGGAAAUUAAAAUCCAGAAUGAUUUGACCCAGGACAGAAGUAUGUUAGAAAUAUUGCAUGAUAUGUUUUUAAAUAUGUAACAUAAUAAAAAUAUUACCCUUUUUGCAAAUUGAUAUAAGUUGUAAAGCUUCAUUUAGCAUAUCAGCCAUGACAUUUAUUUUCUUCAGCCAAAUUAAUCACCCUUAAUUGCUGUCCUUGACCCAUGUGUAGUAAAUUGAAACCUAGCAGGAAUGUUAAUUACAUGAAUCAGCUGAGUGUCAGGAAUGGCAGACAGUCUGAGGUGGGUAAUAAUGACAAUUAGUGCCUUUAGCACUCUGAAGGCUGGAUAUACAAGCAUCAUUAGUUAUAUAUACUUGUUGAUCAAGAAGAAAGUGAUGUUAAUUACACAUUGAUGCCCUGUAAAUUAGCUAUGAAAAUGACUUUAUUAAGAAGAGUUCUGCAUUUAUUUUGAAUGGUGGGUAAUGUGUUAUUCAUUCCAAAGUCAACAUUCUUCCAUCUUAACCAAUUCUAAGAGAAUAACAUUUUAUUUCAGUGAUUUUAUAGAUUUUAUGGGAAUAAAGGAUAAUGGAGAAAAAAGUGCAAUUGAUUAUUUUCAGAUGGCGAAUAUAAGACGAAGAAUGAAAAAUGAUUCUACAAGUCUUUAUUUUAAUGAUUAUGUUGCGUGUAGAUUGAAUUAUUACAUUGUUUUAUGUAAAAGUUGCAUCUUUGAACAUAAUGAAGAUACUGCCAUAUAUUGCGAAAUUAUGAUACAAAAAUGCCUGAAUUCAUUUUCAUUGCACCAUGUAAAUUAGAUUAUAUUUGUAAUAAAUGAAAUUUGCUUUAACUUUAGCAUUGAUUGUCAUUGAAAUUUAAUGCAAGCUGAUAGCAAAAGAUGAAUUUCAUCCGUAUCAAAUUAUUAUAUUAUUAGCAUUAUCAUUCUACUAAAAUAUUCAACAAUGACUUUGUUUGAGAAAUACUUGUGGGCAUUGUAAAGGUUGUUACUUUAGUUAAAAGAUACAACUUCCCUUUGGAAUAAUUUUACAGUUGUAAUUUCAGAUAAAUCACUGGACUACAUUUUCAAAUAUAAGACCUUAAUUUUUAUGCAGAAUGUCUCUGUAUUCGUUAUUCAUUUAAACUCUAAGCCACAAACAAUUGUCUACCAUUUUUGCCAAGCCAAGUUUCAUAAAGAUCAAUGUAAGGGUGUUAUAGUUACAGUUGAAAUUAGAUCCCUUCAGUAAUUUCUUUGUUUAUAAAU